AGCAUGAUGGAUCCUGGGAUUUUAACAAUGGCGGCGGGAGGAUUGCCGCUGCAGUGUUUGGUGGUGUUAUUUCUGUUUUUACCGAAUAUGUUGAUAGUGUUAAUUGAGAAAGCGAGUGGUGCCGCCGUGUGGGAUGAGAGCGGGUACUUACUGUACUGCCCGUGCAUGGGACGUUUUGGGAACCAAGCUGAUCAUUUCUUGGGAUCACUGGCUUUUGCUAAAAUGAUAAACAGGACAUUAGCUGUUCCUCCCUGGAUAAUCUACAGACAUCACAUGCCUCCUUAUACCAACAUGCAUGUUCCUUAUAAAGAAUUUUUCAAAUUGGAGCUUCUCCUUGAGUACCACAAAGUCAUCAGCUUAGAACAAUUCAUGGAGGAACUUGCUCCCAUGCACUGGCCUCCAGGCAAGCGUGUAGCAUAUUGCUUUGACGCAGCAGCUCAGAGAAGUUCUGAUAAAAAGAGUUGUCCGAUGAAGGAGGGAAAUCCUUUUGGUCCUUUCUGGGAUCAUUUUGGAAUUGAGUUUGAUAAGUCUGUUCUACUCUCAGGCAUUGCUUUCAGUUCUUACUAUAAAGACACAUGGCUCAAAAAGUUUACACCUUUGGAGCAUCCUGUCUUGGCUUUGCCUGGGGCUCCUGCUCAGUUUCCAGUACUUGAGGAACAUGUUCACCUUCAAAAAUAUGUAGUUUGGGAAGAUACGUUUGUUUUGAAAGCACAAGGUUAUAUUAAAUCACUGCUUGCCAGGCCUUAUGUGGGAAUACACUUAAGGAUUGGCUCAGACUGGCAAAAUGCCUGUAAACUUCUGGAGGAUGGCAAAAUAGGAUCACACUUCAUGGCGUCACCGCAGUGUGUGGGAUAUAAUCGCAAUACUGCCAUCCCUCUGACUAUGAACAUGUGUUUGCCAGACUUAAAAGAGAUUAAACAGGCUCUGAAACACUGGGUGAAUAAGAUCAAGGCUAAAUCUGUGUACAUUGCAACUGACUCAGAGUCCCACAACAAAGAAAUAGAGAAACUUUUUAAAGAAAAGGUUAAGGUAGUAAGUCUCCAGCCAGAUGUCGCUCAGAUAGACCUGUAUGUCCUUGGACAGGCUGAUCACUUUAUUGGCAACUGUGCAUCCUCAUUUACUGCUUUUGUAAAACGAGAACGGGACAUUCAUGGAAAAACAACUUCAUUUUUUGGGAUGGAUAAUGGCAAGGGCAAAGAUGAGUUGUAGAGUAUAUGGCAAUUUUAAUUAUCCAAAUGCAGGUCUAAGCACAUUAUAAACUUGCCUUUACAAAGGUUUCCAGUAAAGGCUAAUUUGAACCCUUUACCUAAGGAGGUGAGGAUCCCACUUACAUAACAAUCCAAUGAACUUCUAAAAAACAUUCAAAAUAGGGUUUGUGUAAGGAGCUUAAAGACACCAAACAAAAUCAUUUAAGAUAGUGAGUGAUUUGAAUAACUUUUUCAAUGAAAACACUAGUAUAACGUGUUCUUAUUUGUUCAGGCAGUGUACAAUUAUUAAAAAAUAAGGUGCAUAAAAACACAUGAAAUCAGCUUCCAAGUUAAACCACAGUGUAUUUUUUAAGCUUAGUGAUUAUUUAAAGCAC